CGCCACCCACGUCAAAACAUUGGAAUUGAAGUGACGUUUACACAUUUUGGGUCGGUGCUACAAUUUUGCGAAAAAAUCGCCACGCAGCAUGGGAGAUGCAUCAGUUUCUGACGCGGAGUCCAAUAAACCAAGCCCCGCAAGCGAGGCGCCCCCUGAACAGGACCGGCGUCCUUUCGGCGAUUUGGAGUUCCAAGUUUCAGAAGUAGUAGGCCGUUUGGAAGCAGGAGUCAACGCUCAGGAUGUUCAAGAUGAGGAAAAGAAGCCUGAGCCCCGAAAGAUCAGUGCUGGUUUCUUUGAGCCGGAAGAAACAUCAAUGGAUGAGAUUCUGAAGGUUUUGGAAGAUUUGGUGCUAAAAACAGAUCCUAGUUGUGAGAGUGUGGAGCCGCCGCUGUUGCCGACAGACGCAGUGACUAGAGCUGCAAUACUAUCUCACAGUAUAUCAGCUCUAUUUGGAAGGUUGGAGAGGAGUCAUGCUGCUAGACUUGGUGCUCACAUUGCCAGUGAAACAACAAGAUGGAUGUCUCAUAUGUUCAGACUAGCAGACUACAAUGCAUAUUAUCACCAGGAACAGCUGGAGGGUCUGGUGAGAGUCACUCGAAUGUUAUUGCACCACAGAUACCCGAGGUAUUUGGAAGAUGGGGCGAUAGCGUUCACAAACCGCUUGCCAUGCAUAUACAGCUGCGUGGCGAGUCCACUCGGCGUGGUGCAACACCUGUGCAGACAACUCGGCCUGCCACUAGCAUGCGUCAGACCCGUCCCAGUACACCCAUCAGGUCGAGGGAUGGACAUAGAAGCCUUAGAAAAACUUUACGAUGAAGAUAUAAAUGCGAAUAGAACGCCACUUCUAGUGCUUGGAGAGGUGGGCGCUCCACCUCUAGGAUGGGGCAGUCCACUGGCACUUCUGGGCGAAAUAUGCUCACAAAGAAACUUGCACUUGCACGUUAGGGGGCAUGCGCUGGCUUUGCCGGGCGCUUCGUCGAAAGAUGAGGUGGGUAGUAGAGAAGGAGCUUUGGCAGCUUUGGCAGGUUUAACAGGUGGCGGGGCGCGGAUCCCAGCGCUUCCUCUGUGGACGUGUAUACGCGCGGCCGGAGCUAGGACAUUACAACAACGCCUUACCGCCGCCUUUAGGUCCGCGAGGGCAGUACACGCUGUCGUAGCCAAUGCUGGACUUAGGUUAUUGAGUGAACGACCCGGUGGAGAUGAACCGCCAAAUGUAGGAAUUGUGGAAGCAAUAAGUCAUGCGUCAGCUUGCGUAGCGUUCCAGUUCGCGCCGCCGGGCACGGAAAAACCGCCUCCAUACUAUGAUAAACUCAACUCUUGGCUUGGACAAGUGCUACAGAGAGAGGCUGAUAUGAUAAGCAUAGAGGUCUGCGAGACUGAAGCGCAUGGGGUUGUCCUCCGCUACUGCCCGCUGGAGGGCGCGGGCGCGGCGUGCGGGGGCGCGGGGGGCGCGGGCGCGGCAGAGGCGGGCGCCUGGGGCGCGCUGCUCGAGGCCCAGCUGCACGUGCUGGCCGCCACCGUGGCGCUGCGCGACCCCUUCCACGCCAGGGUCCGCGCGCGGUCCGGCCUCGCCCUCGUACACGUGCCCGGCUGGGCUGUCCGAUACAUCCCGCCGGGCUGGGAGGAGGCGGCGCCAGAAGAACUGAACUCAUUGAACAGGCAACUCGUGGAAACAUUGCGAGCCACGGACGGAGCAUUCUCCUGCGGCGACGGUGAAGAUGGGAUGGCUUGCGUAAGAGCCGAACAUUCUGACCCAUUCAGUAGGACAGGCCUUAUCACGGACCUGCAGAUUUUACCCUUCAACCUGAGGGGCAUGCGUGGGUCGCCAUUUCAUCCAUCCUGA